AUGGACGAGAAAAUCCGUACCGACAUAGCGCAGGCUGAGCGUAAUGCCCCUGAAGGCGAGAGAAGCCAUGAGCGCCGAUAUUGGCAUGAGAUCACUGCUAUUGUGAUUUCAGACUCUGACGGAGCUGGAUUCAAUAACAGGCGGUGGCUGGUUCCAUAUGAACCACGGUACAUCAAAUCUGCUGCUUCGCAUCACGAUGGGUCUGGCCCCCGUACCAUGGUCAAUGUCGCAACCGCAGAGUUCGGGUACGGGAAGCUCGACAUCGACUACAUUCUGCCAAAAGAUAUAACCAUUGUGGGUUACGAUGAUACUUUCGCCAACGCGAGACUUUGUCCCAAGUCAGCCUCCCAGCCUGUACUCGAGCUUUUAAAUGCUGAGAAGUAUGAAAGUUUUUGUCGCGAGUAUGGUUUACAUACUAAGAGCGACGACGUCUACUCCGACGCUUGCAAGAUCACAUUUCUCAUGAAGGCGGCGGAUUUCGACUACAAGCAAGGUCCGAUGGUCACUAUGGCUUCACAUGAGCAACGCGUUAACUUCAAGCGUGUACUUCGGCAGAGUCGAAAAUUGGGUACGACCUUUCCCACAAAGCAUAUUCUUAUCGAGUGCUUUCUCCCAUCGUACCGUGGCGAUAAUCCCACCCUUGCGAGACGUCUGUCAGCCACAGUUGCGAGGGCUCGAAGCGAUCCAUAUCGCUUUUUCUUUGAGAAGGUACCGAGCAAGCGCGUCUUCAAGAGCGCCGAUGAUAUGCCGAGUACACAAGAAUGCGCCUUUGUCGAGCCUGAUCUCCCGGUGGAUUCAUUCGAUUCAGUCAUGGAACAAACCGCCCGCCUGGGUAUCGCCAUGCGCGACGAGCUAGCGUUCACCAGACUGUCAAUGUUGCUGGCAAGACAACGGGCCUGUCAUACUUUUGCUUUUGAGCUUCCUGGUCACCGAAUUAAUGGCGUUACUGCUGGAUACUUCUUCGUCUGGCCGGCUCCAGAUUUGGAACUAGCCCCUCAGGUCGGUGAACGGUUCGCGGUUCAGCUUGAUAACAUCCCGUUCAGGCAUCCUAAACCACCUACGCCCGAAAGCACAGGGAGGCAGAAACGAAAGAUUAUAGACCAUAUUGUCGAAUCUUGCAUCGUUGCUCGUUUCAUAGCGCAGAAAUCCGGCAGAGCCAAAACUGAUCAUAUUAUUGACGCUCUGGACAAGGUUGUCAAGCCUGGACCUCGCGACCUUCGCGACAAGUGGAUAAAUGUCCAUGCUCUCGCCCUCAUGUUCAAAGAGGGUGCCGCAAAAUCUGGUAUAAAGCCUGCCGAACCCACCGAGACUCCUACAGCCCACCACUCCCGUGUUGCCGCGUGGGUGGGUGCCAUGUUUGGACGCAAAUUCCUCCAUGCCAAAGGCUUAAACCAGUGCCCAAACCUAACCGCCGUUCGUGUGACCGUUCCGUCGUGGAUGGAACCACUUGGUGUUAUCGGUGCGUAUGUCCGCGCUCCAACGGUCCCAGAUUGGCCGAUGCACAAGACACCUGUACCCGUUGUUGAGUUCAAGCUCCCAUGUGUGGUUAUUGGUUCGGAUCCGACGGAGACCAUUCGAACAGUGCGGCGCAACAGAGAUAAACACGUGUUUAUCUCGAGGUUUGUCCGCACUGCCCAUGGCGGUCAAUUGAAAGCUGGCCUACGUGCCCUCAGUCGAUCCGGACAAGACUUUUCGGAGUCAUCCGGGACGAAUGCUGACGCCUUCGCGCGAUACAUUGCCAAAGUCAAAGGCGAUGUCAUUCCGUACGAUCUGACGGCUGCAUUGCCACUCCUCAAGGAUUUUCUAGACCACGCAGAAUCAGACACUACUCCGCAUGAUCCUGUUCUCAAGGCAGCUCUUGGUAUCUAUCACAAGUUUGACGCGGAUCAGAAGGCCAUGUAUAAUCGAACGCGCAACCUACCUUUUGGUACUUGCAUUGUAUCAGGUGCUCCUGGGUCUGGAAAGAACCAUGUCACGCAACUCUUAAUGGCUAUCAUUCAACAUAGCACCGUUGACGACUUUGUUGUUUGGAAUUGGACCGAAACAAAAGUGUCAGCUCCAGGUGCGCCCGACAACGUGGCAGAGCAUCGUUCAUCAUCAAAACGACCUCCUUCAGCGAGCUCUGAGGAAUCCCGCGUAUCCCCGGAAGCGACAUCAGCACAUAUUGAACAAGCUAUUCAUGAGGAGGCUCCACAAUCGCAGUCAUCUUGCAUGCCGUCGCACAGCCAGCUUCUUAUCAUGGCUCCGUCCAACGACAUGCUUGACAAGAUAGCAGAUGACAUGAGUGCUCUUUACUACAAUCUGGGUCUUCAAAAGCGUCUCUGUCGCGUACAGACCCCCGACAAUGCUCAUGAGUACAUGACACAUUGCAUGAACCUAAAUGGUACACCUCGAUAUGAUGUGGAAGAUCAUGGUGAAGACGCCUUUGAGACAGAAGUUUACCUUCGAACACUGUCCAAAGAUUGCUUUAACAAUCAUCGUGUCAAGACCGCUCCAGGUGGCGAGUAUGCCAUUUCUGCACUUGUAGCAAAGCGAAUUGAAAUUGCUGCACCGGAUGACGACCUCGUUGCGCAGAUCAAAACCUUACAGGAUCAACGCGAGCAUAAUCCAGAGACUUUCUUCGAAACAGGCAUUGCAAAAUUACGACAGCUCCUUCAAAGCGUUUCUGAUGAAGAGUAUCUAAAAGCACAUGUUUUGCUCAGCACUCCCGAAGCGUUCUAUAAGCUGGCUGUUCGCGAGGUCAAGCUUCGAAUCACGGCAGUAUGGCAAGAUGAGGCCUUCCGCAUGACAGAGACAGAGGCACUCAUUGGCCUUCAGUUUGCUAGGCAGGCUUUUGUGAGAUUCAUGACGGGUGACGAUAAUCAAUGUAGACCCGUCGUCACGUCAGUUAAUGCACAUGAGAACAAGAACACGAAUUUGGUCUUUUGCGCCCAGUUUGGUGAGCAACUGCAGCUGUCUCUGCCGAGUCGAAUGAUCAAGGCUGGUUUCCGCGCCCACUACUUGAACAUCAAUCACCGUGCCCGAGGAGGCGUUUCCAACUUCCCGUCGGGGCAAUAUUACGAAGGGAAAAUGGUCGAGGCUGACCGAGAUACUCCUGUCGAACAAGAAAGAGUAAAGAGAUUCUUUACCGCAAUUGGUAGACGCCCGUGUGGAAUUGGACCAGCGAUGGUGAUCAACCUGCCCGGUAGCAUGGAGGAGCGAGUUGGCACCAGCUACAUCAAUCGAGGCUCCAUCGAUGUUAUCUUUGAGCUGCUAAUGUUGAUCUUUGGUGCUAACCAACUCUGCAUGACCAAUCCUACUGCGGACAAGGAUGGCGAGCUCAUUUCAGUCCUCAUCGUGUUCCCUUACAAAGCGCAGCUCAUGAUGUUUCGCCGAGAACUGGCAAAGAUCGCGCCUUCUGAGCUACCCAUGCACAAGAUCAAGUCAGGGUGUAUACAGGCAAUCCAAGGCAUGAAGGCUGGCUUGGUAAUCUACGAUGGCACUCGAGAUGCUUCGCCAGGUUUCACUGGGGACUCGAAGCUGCACAAUACAGCACUAACGCGCGCAGUGUUUGGAUACAUCGCUAUCCAGAGCGAUCAACUUUGGCUUCGUAACGAUGGCCAUAACCCUAGAAGCGGACGCGUUCGAAACAUCGUCGCACUACAUGAGUACUGCUCAGAGCGUGACCGAGUUGUCGACCUCCAACCUAGGUUCCAGGACCACAUGUCCCCAAGGGAUCCCCGUGAUGGUGACUGGACUGUCAACAUGUCUUCUGUCGUCCCUGCCGGCACUGAACUACCUGAGGACUUCAAAGGCUUCUCCCCCGGAUGUUUUUACAAGUCUUAA